CUCUUAUUUUUAAAAUUAAUGUGAAAAACAAACCCAGUUUUUGCUAAUGCUGUGAAUUUCUUGAUGAAGAAAAUUCAGCAAUUGUUCUAAAGUUUGGGAACUCUUGGAAUCAGUUGACUCAGAAUUUUUCCUUCUUUCCCAGGUGGUGAAUAACUUACUAUAUAUAUAUAAAAAAAAGAUUCAUGGAUGAUAAAAGCUGCUGUUCAUUAUGUGGGAAAGAAUUUACUUAUCCUCAGAAUGUGUUGAGGCAUAUGAAUAAAAUACAUAAUGUACCUCGAAGAAAUAAUACUUCAAAGUUACGUUGUCCAAAAUGUGAUAUUGCCAUUCCUACAUAUAAACAUCUUCGGGAACACUUAACAGGCAAACAUGAAUUUCAAAUUGAAAAAGAAGAAAAAUUCUUUGAAAGUGUGGAAGAAUUCAAAGCAUGGAAAACAUUUGUGGAAAAAUCCAGCAGCGACAGGUAUGUUCGAGCAUCUUCGGCUAUAAGAAUAAAAUCAGGCAGCAGAACGUACUAUUAUUGCCAUAGAUCUGGUCUACAAAGAUCAAUAGCAACCGGUAAAAAAAUGUUAAAAAUUCAAGGCAGUAAUAAAAUAGGUGCUACUUGCCCAGCUUCAAUGGCUAUUACAGAAUAUGAUGCACAUCCAGGACAAGUAUGGGUAACCUACUGGAAGACACACGUAGGCCAUGAUCAUAAACGAAGUCGAGCUUUUCUGGCUGAAAAUGAAAGAGAAUUUAUUGCUAAAAACCUUGCCAUGGGAGUUUCCUUUGAUAAUGUUUUGGAUGAAAUGAUGAAUGGUGAAGCAGAAGUGAAUGCAGAAGCUCUUCAUCCUAUAGAUAACCCAGCUUUGCACAGUAUGAAGAGAUUCUUGUCAGACUGUUCUAAUUAUCAUCCUGAUGACAUAGCAAGCGUAGAAUUUUUAAUCCAAGAACUAGAAUUAAGCAGUGAAAUGGCCACACUUUAUUACAAGCCUCAGGGUGAAGUAGAUGAAACCGGACAUUUUGAAAUUGAUGAUUUUAUGAUUAUACUUAUUUCCUCUUUUCAAUUUAAGAUGGUGGCAACAUUUUAUUCAGAAACAUUUUGUAUUGAUGCUGUUAUUGGAAAAAAUUGGUAUGAUUAUCAAGCAGUAUCAGUUCUGACUGUUGAUGAAAAUGCAAUUGGUUACCCAUUUGCAACUUGUAUUACAAACCGUACAGAUGUUAAAGCGAUGGCUCGUUUUUUUGAGAGUGUUAGGGUUAGUCUUAGCAAAGAACUCAAAUGCAGUAUUUUACUUACGGCUGAUAUACCUGCAAUUGUCAAUGCUUGGUCAGCAGUAAUGGGCGAACCUAAAUAUCAUUUACUUAACUCAUGGCAUCUAAUUAAAAAUUUACAAAAACAUCUUGGAAAAAUUAAAAUUCCACAGUAUCGAACACCUGUAUUCCAGUAUCUUCAGGUUCUAAUUCAUGAAUCUAAUACUGAACGUUUUGAAAAGUUAUUAGUAUGCUUUGAGAAUGACUUGAAAAAAAAUCCAAGUACUAGUUUAUAUUAUGCUUACUUUCACAAGAAUUAUUUCAAACGUGUUAAACAAUGGGCCUUAUGUCAUCGAGUAGAACUAGGCAUAAAAACUAAUAAACAUUUUGAAGCUUUUCAUGAAAUUCUUAGGUAUAUUUAUAUAGAUGGCAAAAAAAAUCAUCGAUUAGACAAUUAUCUUAAAGCUUUGUUAAAAUUAACCAGAGAUAAGCGUUUUGACAGAAGGAGUAUAUCUUUAAAGAAAAAGCCUACUCAAAUAAACAUAAUGCAGGAAAGUCAUGCAAAAGAUGUUAUUGUUCCUGAGAGUUGUGAUGAAACAUUUUGUGAAGUUAAUGAUGUUUCUGAUGUAGUAACACUCCAGUUAAAUGAGAAAGAUAUUUCCACAAUGUCCCCUAUUAUAAAUUUAGCUGGAGAAAUAAUAGUAUCUUCUAAUGCUGUAGCUGAAAUAACAGAAGAUUCCUAUAAUAAAGUAAUUGAACAUUUGAAAAUAGCAAACAAUAUUCUAAAAACUGCAAUAAGUGGAACACAGCAAAUUCAGUCUUUAGUAGUGCCUAGUGUAUCUGAAAUCCCAGAUUCUACAGGAGAAAUAGAAGUUGCUUCCAAAAAUAUUCUAAUGUAUGAUCACACAUAUUUUGUUCUUAAUGAAAAUCUUGGAUGUUAA